AUGCCAAAAAGAGUAGAGGUUGAAGGUAGAGAAAGAGCACCAAAAGGGCACUUUGUGGUGUAUGUGGGUAGUGAAUUGAGGAGGUGUGUUGUUCCCACAUCUUUCUUGAACCAUCCAUUAUUCCAACAACUGCUAGAUAAGGCUGCUGAGGAGUAUGGCUUUCAUAACCAAACUAAAAUUGUUCUUCCUUGUGAUGACUCUACCUUCCAAAGGCUCAUUGUCUUCUUGGCAAAGAGCAAGUUAGCUAGCUCGUCGUUGAAAAAAUUUCAGGGACAUGUAAGUAAUUCUAACUUAAUGAAGAUCAUUCCUAGUUCCAUCAAUGGCAAAGACGUGAACGUAGAGAAAUGA